GUACAGUUCCAUGAAAGACUAUUUAUCUGAAUUGGACAAAGAGACAAAAAAAGCUUUGGAGACUUUCUACGGAUUUUCAGAGGGCAAGUCCAAGGUGCGCCGGUCGGUGGAUGAGUGGAACAGCACAGGGAGCGACUUCUUCAAACACAUCCCUCUGCUGAAGUUUGAGGACUUCUCUAAGACUGCGACUGACCUUCGCAGUGGCCAGAAGAGGAAAAUAGAGGGCAGUGUCUUUCACAAGGAUUCAUCCAUAGUGAACUCUGGGGAUUCAAAUGAUAUCAUCGGCUUCCAGCUGUGCGAUGCAAACAACAGCAGUGAGUGUGCACUUUAUACAUUCAGUUCUGGUGUUAAUGCUAUCCAAGAAUGGUACAAGCUGCAUUACAUGAACAUCAUGGCACAAAUUCCCCUGGAGACUAAAGAAAAAUUGAGUUAUUCUGCUGAUGACCUUCUACUGACAUGUUUCUUUGAUGGCCUAUCUUGUGACAAAAGGCACUUCACUCGUUUCCAUCAUCCCCUGCAUGGCAAUUGCUAUACCUUCAACAGUGGGGAGAACGGGACGAUCCUGAGCACCUCCACGGGAGGCAGCGAGUACGGAUUGCAGGUUGUUCUGUAUAUCGAUGAAGCAGACUACAACCCCUUCCUGGUGACAUCCACAGGAGCCAAGAUCAUUGUCCACGACCAAAACGAAUAUCCCUUCAUUGAAGACAUCGGCACAGAAAUUGAGACUGCAGCAGCCACCUCCAUAGGGAUGCACUUUACUCGGUCUCGCAAGCUGAGCAAACCCUACAGUGACUGUACGGAGACUGGUGCUGACAUACCAGUAGAAAAUCUCUAUAACAAGAGCUACUCACUCCAGAUUUGCCUGCACUCCUGCUUUCAGAAGGCCAUGGUGGACUCGUGUGGCUGCGCCCAGUACGCGCAGCCCUUACCUGCUGGGGCAGAGUACUGCAACUACAAGAAAAACCCCAACUGGAUGUACUGCUACUACAGACUGCACGAAAAGUUUGUGAAGGAGCAGCUGGGCUGCCAGCAAAUCUGCAAAGAUGCCUGCAGCUUCAAGGAGUGGGCGCUCACCACCAGCAUCGCCCAGUGGCCAUCCACCGUGUCAGAGGACUGGAUGCUUCGAGUUCUCUCUUGGGACAAAGGGCAAAAAAUCAACAAGAAGCUGAACAAGACGGACCUCGCAAACCUCAUGGUGUUUUACAAAGACCUGAACGAGAGAUUCAUUUCGGAGAAUCCUGCCAACACACUCGUCAUUCUUCUUUCCAACUUUGGAGGCCAGCUGGGCCUUUGGAUGAGCUGCUCCGUCGUUUGCGUCAUUGAGAUCGUCGAGGUCUUCUUCAUCGAUUCGCUUUCCAUCGUAAUGCGGCGCCAAUGGCAAAAGGCAAAGAAAUGGUGGAACGACCGAAAAAGGGACCGGUCAGGGAAGCCACCGCAGGCCGGCGAUCUGGAGAGGCAGGGCCACGAUAACCCCGUCUGCAUCGACGAGGACCUGCCCACCUUCAACACCGCUCUGCACCUGCCGCUGCCCCAGGACAACCCCUUGCCCAGGACUCCCCCCCCCAAUUACAGCACUUUGCGGCUAGAGACUGCGUUCACAGAGCAGCUGCCCGAUACGCUAGAGGUUGGGCAACACUGA